AUGCGGCCCUCAGCUGCGAGAUACUCAUGUUCAGUGAAUCACUGCGACUCAUUCAGCGAAGACAUGGUAGAAGAAGCUCCAGCUGCAGCCCCCGCUAAGGCCCCGGCCAAGGCCCCCAAGAAGAAGUCCGCUCCCCGGCCCAAGAAGGAUGGACCUACCCUCCCGAAGCUCAUCGUCGACGCCGUUGCUGAGUCCAAGGAGCGUAAAGGGAUGUCUCUGUCUGCCAUCAAGAAGGUUAUGGGCGCUAAGGGGAUCGACGUCGUCAAGGCAAACAAGCGCAUCAACACCGCUGUGACCAAGCUGGUGUCUAAGGGAGUUCUCGCCCAGACCAAAGGCACCGGAGCUUCCGGAUCCUUCAAGUUGACAAAGGAGCCCAAGGCUGUCAAGCCCAAGAAGAAGGUAGUGAAGAAAGCUCCAGCUAAGGCCAAGAAGCCCGCUGCAGCAAAGAAAGCGUCUCCCAAAAAGAAGCCAGCAGCCAAGAAACCUGUAGCCAAGAAGUCUCCCAAGAAGGCAGCAGCCAAGAAGGCACCGGCAAAGAAAGCAGCGAAGAAACCUGCAGCAAAGAAGUCUCCUAAGAAGGCUGCCCCCAAGAAAGUAGCGAAGAAGCCAGCUGCCAAGAAAGCUCCAGCUAAGAAGGCAGCACCCAAGAAGGCAAAGAAGUAA